AUGAAUAACUCCACUUUGAUCUGCAAUCCUCGACAUAAACAAAUCUAUUAAAUUUAUACGUCUCGCAAUCAUACUCAAACUAAGUACACUCCCAAGAUGCAUUCCAAAUUACCCAAUUGUUCUCCAUAACCUAAAAUAAAUGAUUUCAAAGUCAAGAAGUAAAAAUGUUUCUUUUCACGCAAAAAAUAACUCUCGCAUCAUUAAAGUCCUGUAAUCAAUCACAAUCAUGCAAUUCGUGAUUCUAGCGAGAGUUUUAUGAAGGACUUGGAUUUAUCUGGCAAUGAGGAUUUGAAGGAGAUCAACAAGAAUUUGUUGCUUACAUCUUAAGAAAUUAAUAAGAAAAUGCAAUUCAAUAUCGAAUCUUAUCUAAACAGCACUUUCAAAUAGAAACAACUAUAACAAAAAGUAAAUAAUUUCAUUGAUCUUAAUUUUAAUCACGCAACAAGUGUUUUCCAUUAUUUUGAUUCCUCCAAAAGUAGAAGAAGCACUCCUUUACAACCCUUAAGACUAUAUCAAAAAAAAUGA